UCACCAAAGAGCUCAGACGCCUUUAUAAAGCUACACGUGCUGCGGUGGUUUCAGCCUACACGCGCCUUCCCGAGGCAGCUCCUCUUCCCCACCCACAGCUCCACUUCUUGAAGAACUGCUCUGUACAAGCCGAGAUAAACACAAAAUGGAGAAGAGGCAUAGCAAAAGGUUGAAUUCGCCACAGCUGUCGGUGCUCUGGUACGCAUUGUUCCUUCUCAUUGUCUGUGGCGAUGAGCUGGCGGCAGCCGGCGGCCCGAUUAAGACGGUGGUGAUAGUGGUAAUGGAGAACAGGUCAUUCGACCACAUGCUAGGUUGGAUGAAGCGGCUUAACCCUGAGAUCAACGGAGUGGACGGAUCGGAGUGGAACCCUACGUCGACGUCGGACCCGAAGGCCGCUAGGGUUUACUUCAAGGACGGGGCGCAGUUCGUGGAUCCGGACCCGGGCCACUCUUUCGAUGCGAUCCGAGAGCAGGUGUUCGGCUCGAACGAUACCUCGGCAUCGCCGGCGCCGAUGAAUGGGUUCGUGCAGCAGGCGACGUCAAUGUCGGCGAACAUGACAGAGGCUGUGAUGAACGGGUUUCCACCAGAGAUGGUAGCGGUUUAUCAGGAGCUGGUGUCGGAGUUCGCCGUUUUUGACCGGUGGUUUGCAUCUGUGCCCUCAUCCACUCAGCCCAACCGCCUCUAUGUUCACUCGGCAACCUCACACGGUGCUACAAGUAAUGAUGCUGGUAAGCUAGCACUUGGUUUUCCUCAGAGAACAAUGUUUGACAAUAUUGAUGAUGCCGGGUUGUCCUUCGGUAUUUACUACCAAAAUAUCCCCGCUGUCCUCUUCUACCGGAAUCUUCGCAAGUUGAAAUACGUCACCAAAUUUCACUCAUACGAUGAUCAAUUCAAGGCUCAUGCAAGCAGCGGCAAACUUCCAAAUUACGCUGUAAUCGAACAGCGAUACAUGGACUCCAAGACUAGGCCAGCCACUGAUGAUCAUCCUUCCCAUGAUGUUUACCAAGGCCAGAUGUUCAUCAAGGAGAUAUACGAAGCUCUUCGUGCUAGUCCUCAAUGGAAUGAAACUCUCCUUAUCAUUACCUAUGAUGAGCAUGGUGGGUACUUCGAUCAUGUUCCUACCCCUGUGAAUGGUGUCCCAAAUCCUGAUGGAAUGAUUGGCCCAAGCCCUUACAAUUUCAGUUUUGACCGUUUGGGAGUUAGGGUUCCUACCAUCAUGGUUUCUCCCUGGAUUGAAAAGGGUACAGUUGUUCAUGGCACCAAUGGUUCACCAACAUCAACUUCUGAAUAUGAACAUUCAUCAAUACCUGCAACAGUGAAGAAAAUAUUUAAUCUCCCAUCACCACACCUUACAAACAGAGACGCAUGGGCCGGAACUUUUGAGAGCGUCGUGCAAACAAGAACGGAGCCUAGAACUGAUUGUCCAACCCAACUUCCAACCCCAUCAAAGAUCCGGAAAACCGAAGCCAACGAGGAUGCACAGCUGACCGAGUUCCAGCAGGAACUUGCGCAACUUGCUUCAGUUCUCAACGGUGAUCACUUACUGUCAAACUUCCAAAAUGUCAUAAAGAAAAUGAAUGUUAGACAAGGGCUGUCAUAUGUGGAGAACUCCAUGAAACGUUUCCUUGAAGCUGCAAUGGCUGCAAAGAGAAUGGGCGUCGAUGAAGAGCAGAUUGUGAAGAUGCGACCUUCGCUAACAUCCAGAGCAAUGUCAUCUGCUGGCCAUCCUUAAAAUGAUGCAGAUUGUAUAGAGCAUAUAUCUCAACUUUGUAUCCUUAUUAUAACUUUAUGCUUGCAAAGCAUUGUAAAUGCUUGUUCUUUGCACCCUCUUAUCAAUGGAUAACUUUUAUCUAUCCAUAGGCUAUAGGGUCAUUUUAAUCUCAAUUAUCUAAUGAGUUCUAUUUA